CUUGUCACACAAACCAAACCCCAUUCACAUUGGGUACCAUCAUACACCAUCAUCAUCAUCAUCACAUCAUCAUCAAUAUUCCUUCCCUCUUUCCGGCGUUCACCUGCCGUCGAUCUGCUUCGCUCCUACCGCCAAUUCUCAACUCUCUCUCUCACUCUCACUCUUGAGUUCAAUUACUUUAAUUUUACAUGGGAAGACUCACUAAUUGCGGCUACUUGAACUCAUCAAAUCAACUACCCUAUUAGCUAUGUGGAUUUUGCUUAAUUGCAACCAUGUUUCUGUAGAUGUACUCUUUUAUGAGUUUUGGGGAAGAUCUGAAGCUGAUUAAUUAGUCUUUUCCUGCUAUUAUAACUUAAUUCAGAACCGGUGUUGCUGUUUUUGAGUUUAUUUCUGUUCUGGGGUUGAAUUGGGGGUUCUGCGUUUUUUUCGUAAUUGUGACUCAUGGAAGCUAGAUUUGGUACUGAAGCUCUUCAAUUCUAUGCUAUGGGUGGGUCCUCAGUGGGGAAGAGGUCCAUGGAGUGGGAUUUGAAUGAUUGGAAAUGGGAUGGUGAUCUAUUCAUAGCUAGGCCUUUGAAUCCUGGGCCUGAACACAGGCAAUUCUUCCCUGCUGGUACCAGGAUCCCUGUGGCCGGGGGUCCUUCCAACUCUAAUAGCUCAUCCUCGUGUUCUGAUGAGGUAGAUCUCGGGAUUCGUGGAGGGAACAAGGAAGGGGAUAAGAAGAGGAGGGUUGUUGUCCUGGAGGAUGAUGCUUUGAAUGAGGAAUCUGGUACUCUUAGCUUAAAGCUCGGUGGUGGUGUUGGCGGGCAUGGUGGUGCCCAAAUUGGUAGCUGGGAAGGAGUGAACGGGAAGAAGAGCAGAGUAGCUGGAGGCAAUUCGAAUCGGGCUGUUUGCCAAGUGGAGGAUUGUGGUGCAGAUCUCAGCAGUGCUAAAGAUUAUCACAGGCGCCAUAAAGUUUGUGAGAUGCACUCCAAGGCCACUAAGGCACUUGUGGGAAAUGCAAUGCAACGAUUCUGCCAACAAUGUAGUAGGUUUCACAUGCUCCAAGAGUUUGAUGAAGGAAAGAGAAGCUGUCGAAGACGUUUGGCAGGCCACAAUAAGCGGAGGAGGAAAACAAACAACGAUGCUGUUCCUAAUGCAACUUCACUAAAUGAUGAUCAGACAAGUAGUUACCUGCUGAUAAGUUUAUUGAAGAUACUUUCAAACAUGCAUUCUGACAGGUCAGAUCAGACCACCGAUCAGGAUCUGCUGACUCACUUGCUUAGGAGUCUUGCUAGUCAAAAUGGUGAUCAAGGGGGUAAGAACUUGUCAAACCUUUUGGCUCAACCAGAGAAUUUGUUGAAAGAAGGGAGCUCAUCUGGGAAGUCUGAGAUGGUUUCUACUUUAUUCUCAAAUGGAUCUCAAGGCUCUCCAUCUGUAAUACAACAGCAUCAAGCAAUUUCUGUAGCUGAGCUCCAACAUCAGGUGAUGCAUGCACAUGAUAUUAUGCCUACUGAUCAACAAAUCAUGUCUUCUACAAAGCCCAGCGCUUCAAAUAGUCCUCCAACUUACUCAGAAGCCCGAGACAGUACUGCUGGACAGACAAAGAUAAACAAUUUUGAUUUGAAUGACAUAUAUAUCGACUCAGAUGAUGGCGUAGAAGAUAUUGAAAAGCUGCCUGUCUCUGCAAAUCUCGGUACUAGCUCUCUUGAAUACCCAUGGACACAACAUGACUCUCAUCAGUCAAGUCCACCUCAAACAAGUGGCAACUCAGAUUCUGCAUCUGCUCAGUCCCCUAGUAGUUCUAGUGGAGAAGCUCAGAGUCGCACAGAUCGAAUUGUUUUUAAACUCUUUGGCAAAGAACCAAAUGAUUUCCCUCUUGUACUUAGAGCACAGAUUCUUGACUGGUUAUCCCACAGUCCAACUGACAUGGAAAGCUACAUCCGGCCUGGUUGUAUUGUUCUGACCAUUUAUCUGCGCCAGUCUGAAGCUAUGUGGGAGGAACUUUGCUAUGAUUUGACUUCCAGCUUGAGUAGGCUUCUGGAUGUCUCAGAUGUUGAUUUUUGGAGGACUGGAUGGGUUCAUAUCCGGGUGCAGCAUCAGCUAGCAUUUGUUUUCAAUGGUCAGGUUGUCAUAGAUACAUCCUUACCUUUCAAAAGCAACAAUUACGGCAAGAUUCUUAGUGUUAGUCCAAUUGCUGUACCAGCAUCAAAAACAGCUCAUUUUUCUGUCAAGGGUAUCAACCUGAAUCGCCCGGCCACAAGGUUAUUGUGUGCUUUAGAAGGGAAUUAUCUAUCUUGUGAAGAUGCUCAUGAGUCGAUGGAUCAAGGCUCCAAGGAGCUUGAAGAGCUUCAAUGUAUCCAAUUUUCAUGUUCUGUCCCCGUGAUAAAUGGAAGAGGAUUUAUUGAGAUUGAGGAUCAGGGUCUGAGCAGCAGCUAUUUUCCUUUCAUUGUUGCUGAGGAGGACGUUUGCUCUGAAAUCUGUGUGCUUGAGCCCUUAAUAGAAGUAAGUGAUAUUGAUCCCGAUAAUGAAGGGACUGGAAAAAUUAAAGCCAAAAACCAAGCCAUGGAUUUCAUUCAUGAAAUGGGUUGGCUUCUUCACAGAAGCCAAUUGAGAUCACGGAUGGUUCACUUGAACUCUAGUGUAGAACUCUUUCCACUAAAACGAUUCAAGUGGCUCAUGGAGUUCUCUGUGGACCGUGAUUGGUGUGCUGUAGUGAAAAAACUACUGAACCUACUGCUUAGUGGAACAGUGGGCACAGGAGAUCACCAAUCACUUCAUCUCGCACUUUCAGAGAUGGGUCUCCUUCAUAAAGCUGUAAGGAGAAAUAGCAGGCAAUUGGUGGAGCUACUUUUGAGAUAUGUUCCCGAGAAUAUUUCUGACAAACUAGGGCAUGAAGACAUGGCUCUGGUUGGCGGAGAGAAUCAGAGUUUCUUGUUUAGACCCGAUGCUGCGGGUCCUGCUGGUUUGACACCACUCCAUAUAGCAGCUGGGAAAGAUGGUUCAGAGGAAGUACUGGAUGCAUUAACCAACGAUCCUUGCAUGGUGGGAAUUGAAGCAUGGAAGAGCGCUCGUGAUAGCACAGGCUCGACCCCCGAGGAUUAUGCACGUUUACGAGGCCAUUAUGCUUACAUUCACCUGGUGCAGAAGAAAAUCAACAAGAGGCAAGGAGGGGCUCAUGUUGUGGUUGACAUUCCAAGCAAUCUGACUGGGUUCAAUACAAACCAGAAGCAAAAUGAGACGACCAGCUUCGACAUUGUUGGAAAGGCUGAAGGAAGAAGUGCCCAAAAGCAGUGCAAACUAUGUGAUAAUAAGUUGUCUUGUAGAGCUGUAGUAGGCAAGUCUCUGGCAUACAGACCUGCUAUGCUGUCGAUGGUGGCUAUAGCAGCAGUGUGUGUCUGUGUCGCGCUUCUGUUUAAGAGCUCGCCGGAAGUUCUGUACGUGUUCCGCCCAUUCAGGUGGGAAUCGUUGGAGUACGGAACAAGCUGAGCUGAGAGGUUUCAUUAACUUGAAAUAAAAUUUGGAUAGGUAAUGUAAUAGACUGUAUGACUCAGAUUUCCUGUAGGAAUGGUUAUUUGUAUUGUCUAAAACAAAUAAUGCUAUUUAUAUAUUAUUAUUUAUGUGCACUGCAUCCUUGUACGA